AUGGAAAUAUCGGAUGAUACGUUCUCUCAGCGGACUCGAUUGAGACAGUUUGAAUUAAUCGUGGAGAAGAAAAGUAUUUUCGUAAAUGCUCACUAUCUAGCGGAAUUGUCGCCUUAUUUCAAAAUGCUCUGUUUUGAAGAUACAUUUCGGGAAGCUCAGAAUGGUCGAGCUGAGAUAGAAGAUGAAGCGUAUGAUGAAGUUAUUGAAUUACUUCGCUUUAUAUGUCCCAACGAUGAUUAUGUUAUCAAUAAAAGUAUUACGGGUAUGAUUCUUGCAAAUUUCACCAUGUUUGAGUUACGAGAUUUACGGCGUCAGCUUGAAAGUUACGUUCAAAAUGAAGUUCGUAUGGAGAAAUACAAACCAAGAGAUGAAAAUUUAUUGGAAAUGAUCGUUGAAGCAAUGAAUGCUUCUUUUCCACCAAGCCUUAUGGAUAUCAUGUAUCAAAAGUUGGCUCGAAUUGAUUUGGAUCAUGUUAAGGCUCUUAUCAAAGAUCUCCCAAAUCGAUAUUCGCAAGCAAUAUUAGAAGGUGUUCAAAAAUUCAUCCAAAAAGCUUCGGUUAUUUGUUUAUAUGAGUUGAGGAUGAGUGGAUGCAUUAAAUUCUUACGAGAAAUUGUAAAUAAUGUCCCAAAUAGCGGUCGUAAAAUAGCAACUGAGCAUGUACUUUCAAACAUCACCUAUCUUUUCCGCUGGACUAUACCAAUUGUUCGACCCGCUGGUGCCUCAUUUUUCCAACAAACACAUUUUUAUACAACAUACGAAGCAUUUGCUUACGAAUGGACAAUUAACUUCAUAGGAUCACCACAGUGGCCAGAAAUGAAGACAGUCUGGAGAUUAUUUCUCGAUCACUGUAAAGUAUUUAAUCAACCAACUCCAUUAGCAAUAGUAUUUAAGUUGCAGUUGGUAAAAGGUGAAGAAUGUUCACCACAAAUUGCAUCAGUACCGGAUGCAUAUCAUUCAACAUUUUUUUCCAACGGAAAUUACCGCCUUUUUGAGGGGAAUCCGCUACUCACUUUACUCACAGAAGCCUUCGAUAUACAUUCACGAUGGCAAGGUGGUCGUGCAAUGCUGACCGUUGAAAUGAGUUUUGCGGCUAGUGAUUUUCAAAUACAGCUGAAUGAAACUUUACCAAUACAGUCAUUGCUGAAAGAUGGCGAUUUCCGAAAGAAACUUAAAGACAUUCACGAUAAUAUUGCACCAGAUUUCAUAUUCAAAACAUUGGAUGGUGAAAUUCAAUCAUAUAAGAGUUUAUUGUAUAUAUCGUCACCGUAUUUCCGCGAUUUGUUCAACUCCGAUAAUAUUACAUUAAAUCAAAUCACCCUUAAUUAUAGACGUGAAGCUGUUCUACAGACCCUGUCCUACAUGAUCUUUGGCGUAUUUGAAUCAUCCGAAAUAGUUGAUUCGGAAUUGAUACCACAAAUGCUGAAAUGUGCCAAACAAUUCCAAUUACGAAUGACCCAAUUUGAUGAUGAUAUUGGACGAGUGCUAAUAUUUCAACUUUUAAAAAAUUUGGAUAAUUUGGAUAAAAUAAUCAAAAUUUUAUCGUUAACUCAUCGACAACAAUCGUAUUAUCAGGUGAAGCGAAUGUGCAUUGCGAUGAUUGUUGAGAAGCAUUAUCGAAGAUUUGUCCAAGAAUAUAAUAGUGAUGCAGUUGGUGAGAAAUUGGAUAUUUUUGAACGCUUGUCAUCAGCGACAGUGCCCAGUUUAUCACCAGUUAAUCGUAUACAUAGCAUAUAUCGAGGUACCACAGCAUGUCAACGAAUAUUACAUUAUAAAAAAUAUAGCAGUAAAUAA